UACACGGUACCCUGAACUCUCGUCUACACAUGGAUCCGCGUGUGCUACUGCGCGUUGGCGAACCAGCCUGAAGGAGGGGUGCUCACCAUAGAGCUUGUCGCGCCUUCGGUGGGGUAGUCGGGAGUGAUCAACGGUGAGGGGGUGUGAUCGGGGUGGCGAGGAGGGUUGACGGGGAAAUCGAGCGGGGUGGUACGCCUCGGCGUCGUGGCUGUCGCGAUGACGUUGGUGACGUCGAUCGGUGGCGCUGCCGAUGCUUUUACCUUCGCCCUCCAACGUGUAUAUGUGUGCGGGUAUGUGUACAAUGAUUAUAGUGACGUUGUACGUAGAGCAUAUUCGCGGGGUAGGGACAUAACUCGCGGUGACGCUUCCACGAAGGUGGCGCCAAUGAUGGAGGAGCCGGCAAAGGUGGUCGUGGUGGUAGUGGUCUAGAUGGUAGUGGUAGCAAAGGGUGGCCUCUCUCGCUCAGUCCUAGCCGGUAUUAGAGCAUUCUCUCAGUGCGCGCGGAUCCGUCGCGCGCUAAGGCUCCUCCGCGACGGUGGUAUAUGUACAUGUACACGAACACGUCUAUGCGCCGCCGAACGGGGGUGUAAUCACGGGGGUUCGCGCAAUCGCAAGUGUAUAUAUGUGUAUGCGUAUGCGUACGGGGUGGCUGGCCCGUGUUCGACUGCGCGAACGAGGAGGAUAGAGAUAGAGAAAGUGAGAGAAGGGUGGAGAAAAGAGCAAGCGGGGAAAAGACACAGAGAGAGGGUGGGUAAGCGCGAGGGUGGCGGCGAACGCCGGUGGCGGUAGCGGCGGCGACGGUGUCGGCGUCAGUGCAUGGAAGUGGCUGUGCUCCGGUGGUGGACGGUGGAUAGUGUAGUGCGGUUGGUCGAUCGGUUGGUCGGUGGUUGAUUCGCCGUCCGUCUCGCGUUGUGUCUCACCGGAAGUCGGGCGGAGCGACGUCGGGCGUCAUCCACGAGUCGCGGACGGCGAGACGACGACGAGACCACAAGAAGGGAGGAAAAGAGAAAGAAAGAGAGACGAGAGGCGAGAGAAUGAGAUCGAUAAGGAGGGACCUUAGGCGCUGGUUUCGCGAAACGGGAACGGUAGUGCGCGACGUGUAAAGAGAGAAGGAGAGAAAUAUAUCUUCUCCUCCUCUCCUCUUUCUCCUCCGCUCGAAAUUGCGAGUGUGUGUGCGUGUGCGUGCGUGCGUGUGUGUGUGUGUGGUGCGCCAACGAUAAGCGCACGCGACGGAAGCGAGACACACGCGUGUAGUACACGCGCAUACGUACGCACGCAGGCGCGAAUACGUGCGUGCGUGCGUGCGAGCGAGCGAGCCGCCGGCACACACGAGGGUGGAACGAGGUCCGCGAGGAAGGGAACAUAGCCGGCUUGGUUCGUCGACUUGGCCGGCUCGUGAAAGGGCGGUUCUUGGAUCCGGAGCGCCGCGACCGGAGGCCGAGGGAGAGAGCGAGAGAGACCGGAAGAGGGAACGAGAAAGAGAGAGAGAGUACGCGAGAGAGGAUUCGUUCGUUCGUUCAUUCUCGUCGUGUCGGUUCAGGAAGACAGAAAAGUGGAAGAGGUAGGAGUCGACUACCUCUUUUUCUCUCUCUCUCCCCCUCGAUCUCUAUUCGCCCUCGCUCGAUGGGCUACGCCGCCGAAAGAAGGUCAAAGAUCGAUUCUCGGGCCGACGAGGGUCGUGACCUCGCCGUACGCCGCCGCCGAGUACGAAGUGACCCACGCGCGUAGUAGUACUAUCCGCUAGUAGUAGUACGCUGGCCAGAAGCGCGGAAGAGUUGUAUUCGGCGAGGAGGCGAGGUGGCGGUGGCAGUGGCGGUGUGGCAGUGGGUGGAGAGAGAGAGAGAGAGAGAGAGAGGAUCGAUCGGGUGGAGGAUCAUCGUCGCGAUGCUAGGAUGAGGUCGAUCGACCGGCAGAGAAGGGACCGAACCUCCGUUGAGAUCGACGAUACACGGCAACCGUCUCUCGCGUAGAGAGAACGAAGACCAAGACGAUUACGUUCUCGUCAAUGCCCGUCAUUCGCGAACGCGCCAUCACACGUAGAGUAGAAACGUCCGCGCGCAUUCCAGGACACGCCGUUGUCGUGUCCGCGAUUUGGCAUAAAAGAUCGCGAAGGCGCAAGGAGAUCGGAAACGUAUCGUCGUCGUCCUCGUUGUCAUCGGCCAUAGCCGGAUGUUGGAGCACGAAGUUGGGAACGAAGCGAAGAUCGAGUCGCUCAAAGGAAGGCGAUCGUCGAGAUUCUGGCGCGCGCGGCGAAGCGGCACAUCCUCCGGCUGUUACCCUAACUGAAAGCUCGGAUAGACCGGACGGACGUCCCGCUGUGACGGGAAAACGCUCGUUGAUUGAAUCAUCUGUGGUGACAAUCGAGCUGAUAUGAGCGUGAAGACGCACGAGGGUGACGAGAGACAGGGGAACGAUCACAAGGCGUGACAAAGCGAUUGCGGAAAUUUCGAGGUCCGGGUUGCACAGGAUUCUCUUGGGAAAUCGGGGACCGAGCAUUGCCUUAAACACGGACAGACCACUGAAUCACUAGGUCGAGAAAGAAAAAGACGCGUGAAUUAUUAAUCGCACAAAGCAAUCGCGAUCACGAUAGAGAGGGAGAAUCGGGUAAUCGUAGAGCAGGAGAAGGAAGAAGAGGACGACGACGAGCACCGACGAAACGCUGACGAGACGACGACACUGACUCGAGACGAUUUCUCGCGUCUACGAGGAGGAGGACGAGGUACGGCUAUACGCCGAGGUUUCCCGUAGAAUGUCACGGGACCCUUACUCGAGCAGUGGCGUGAUCGGUCCCGGUGGUGGCACACGUUCACCACGCAGCGGUCGUCGCGUGGGCGAACUGCCGACCGUUGAUCGCAGUCCGUCGCGAAGUUAUGCCAGCGGUCGUGGCAGUCCGCUCGGUGGUCGCAAGCAACGGGGAACACGCAGCGGCAACAACUCGCCGGAGCAUCUAGGCUACGGCGGCGGGUACCAUCACCAUCAGCUGGGCAGCCCGUACUACUCCCGCGACGAGGACCUCGGCAGUCCCGUGAUGCUCGAGGAGAGGGGUAGGAGUAUGUCGACCGGGGGCGGUGGGGGCGGACAUCACCGAUCCAGAAGCGCCUCGAGACCCGCCAUGUCCAGCUCGGCGGGCAUGGUAGCGCGUUACACCAGCCUCGAUCGUGCCUCCGCUGGCGUUCUCGACCAUGAAUUCGUGCCGAUACGCGAGCCGAGCCGCGAGCGUAGCCGCGAUCGCGGACUCUACCUGGAGGACGAGCUGUACGGCUCCAGGUCGGCGCGUCAAAGCCCGAAUCCGCACAUGCUGCGCGACGGCGGCGGCUACAUUGGCGAACUCCAGCACCAGAACAACGAUCUGCAACGCGAGCUCGGCAACCUGAAGAAGGAGCUCGAGCUGACGAACCAGAAACUGGGCAGCUCGAUGCACAGCAUCAAGACCUUUUGGAGUCCGGAACUGAAGAAGGAGCGGGCGUUGCGCAAGGAGGAGAGCACCAAGUAUAGCCUCAUCAACGAACAACUCAAGCUGCUCAACUCGGAGAAUCAGAAACAAAGCAUGAUGGUCCGUCAACUGGAAGAGGAGCUCAGAAUGAGGAUGCGCGGACCGAGCGUCGAGAUGCAACAACAAAUGGAAGUUUUGUACAAUGAGAACGAGCACCUGACUCGCGAAAUUGCCAUACUUCGUGAUACGAUAAAGGAGCUGGAAUUAAGAAUAGAAACGCAAAAACAAACGCUGCAAGCUCGUGAUGAGAGUAUCAAGAAGCUCCUCGAGAUGCUUCAGAACAAGGGGAUAGGAAAAGAGGAGGAAAGGCUGAUGUUCCAGCAGAUGCAGUCGGCGGUCCAGAAGCAGACACGUUCUUGCCCAUCACGACUUACCGCUAUCAUCGCCAAUCGUCGUUAUCGAUGCACGAGCAGCGGGACGGUCCGAAAGUCGUCAAGUCGCGUCAAGCCGAGCCGAUUCCAGGCCCAAGGGAGGACUUUGCGACUGUUUGGCACCGACCUGGUGCGAGAUGCGAUAAUACGACGUCGUUCUCCUCGCGAGCUCAAAGCGACGAACGAGAACUUGAAGAGCCUGCAGACGCAGUUGGAGCUCGCGUACGCCUCGACCGCGUCCUCGGGACACCCGGUGGUCGGCGGCGGCGGCAUCAGCGGAUUGGCGGGUGCAUCGGUCAUCGGACUAGGUAGCGUAUCGGGGGGUGCAGGUGCUGGGGUCUGCGGCGGCGGUACCGUCCUCGGAGGUAGCGUGGCGGUUCCAGGCGGCGUGCCCGGUAGCACCACCCUGACCGCCAUCAUGGAGACAAAAGACGCGCGCAUAACAACCCUGGAGAAGGAGGUGGCGUUGCUGGAAGCCGAGAUGCAGCGCAUUAAGGAGACCGGCGGUAGGCUGCGGGAACAACUGCUGAAGGCCAUCGCUGUGCCAAGCAGCGGUGGUACUAUACAGCAGCAGCAACAGCAGCAACUGGGUGGUAUGGCGCAGUCGACCGGCCUGGGUGGUCAGCAACAGCCCGGCACGUUGCCCCUGGCCAGGGGACCGUCCAUGAUGACCUCGCUGGUACCGUACGGUGGAUACGCGCCGUCCGCGGGACUAACCAGUUCGUUGCUUGCCGGUUCGACAGGUGGGACUACCACCGGGAGCGGCGGCGGGUUGGGCGUCGGUGGCGGUUCCUCGUGCCUGGCCGGCAUCUCGUCGGGCGCCACCACAGGCGUGGUCAAUCCGUAUACCGAUCGCUAUGCUACAGAUCCUCAUCAUCCUCAUCAGAUGCAUCAUCACCAGCAUCACCAUCAUCAUCAUCUUCAUCAGCAGCAUCAGCUGCAGCUGCAGCAGCAACAGCAAAUGCAGCAACACUUGAAACAUUUAGAGCCGGCAGCGGCUGGCGCUCUUGCGCUGCACGCUCACACCUUCAACAAGCACGACCUGAACUUCAAACGGCAAGUAAGUUUCUUCAUCAACAACGUGCGCAUCGAAAAGAACGACGCCGCCUAGGGCGACACCUGAGACGGCGCGGGAGGACGGACGUUUCUCCUCCGGUCACAGGUACACGAGGAUCACGAUCGCGUCGUCGUCUUCGUCGUCUUUGUCGUCUUCGUCGUUGUGUUCAUCGUCGUCUUCGUCGUCGUCGUCGUCGUCGUCGUCGUCAUCCUCGUCAUUGUAGUUCUCGUCGGCUAGUUUCGAGAGCCAUCGAGAUCGGAGAGAACCAGGUUGAUGAGGUCAAUUCGAGAUGAAAGAGAGAGAGAGAGAGAGUCGCAGAUAGAAAGAUCUGUUGUUCUCGUCGAGGGCGGACCAUCCAAAAGGAAGGAGAAUAAGUGUCUUCGGGGAAGAGGCUAGAUCACCGCGAAGAGUCGAUCUAGGUGACAGAAGGUCGAAGAAAAGGGCGUACAUAGUACGUAGGAUGACUUCUCUGUUGAAGGGGAGAGGAAGCUGAAGAGCUGGCGCCGGUGCAAGAGCGAGUCGGCGACUUCCCCACUCAAGGAUCUUUCGAUUCCCUUCGUCUUCUUCUCCGAAACAUCGCGUAUUACGCACGUACGAGACGGGAGUCCGUGAGAACUAAAACGACAACGCGGCGGAUGAACGAUCUCUUCGCGCCACGAUGUCCCUGCUGAACCCGUCACGUUAUAGCUGCAGUUCGGAAAAUUAAAUGUUUAUUAUCGGAUAAUGGCUAGGGAAUAUAUUUAUGACACUACUAAAAGUUUUCAUUGGACCUUUACAUUAUGUUCAUGCAAAUAUUAGCUCUAACAUUUUAUUUAGGCAGUAAGUAAAUCCAGCUUUCGAUAAAUAGUCCAUUUAAAUUAAUUUACUUACAAUUAGAUAUAUUACGUACUUGAAAAUAAAGUUAUAAAAGUUUUUUUUAGAA